CAAAUGCGAUAUCUUUGUCCGUCACCAGCAAACCUUUCCUCUUCAUUGCUCUGUUCCUGAGAAAAAGAGUUGCGCCUACGAAGAAACAAGAAACCCACGAAGAAAAGGUUCUAAAUUUGUGAAGAUUGAGGUUGGAAUCUUCAUUUUCCGUUGAAUUCACGACGGCCCAUCUUCUUAAAAUCCCAGGAUCUUCGAUCUCGUGGAGGGUUGUUCUGGAGUUUUGUCUCCCGUGCCUGAUGGGUGCGGGUUUCUCUGCUUCUCAGAAUGAUUUUUCCGCUAAUUCCUAUGAUGGGUAUCGGAAUUUGUUGAGGCCUAAUCUAGGCGAUUUGCCGGAGAGUUGUGUGGCUCUGAUCGUUGAGAAUUUGGAUCCGGUGGAGAUCUGCAGAUUCGCGAAGCUUAACAGGGCAUUUCGCGGCGCUUCCUGGGCGGAUUUCGUCUGGGAAUCGAAGCUUCCCCCGAAUUACAGGCUUAUUCUCGAGAGGAUUCUCGGUGGUUUCCCGGAAAAUUUGCAGAAACGGGAUAUUUAUUCCUGCCUUUGUCGGAUUAAUUCCUUCGACGACGGCACCAAGAAAGUGUGGCUAGAUAAGAGCACAGGAGGUGUCUGUCUAUGCAUUUCUGCAAUGGGUUUAUCGAUCACCUGCUUUGAUGACCGGAGAUAUUGGAGUCAUAUCCCCACCGAUGAAUCUAGAUUUUCUUCCAUAGCAUAUCUCCAACAAAUUUGGUGGUUCGAAGUGGAUGGAGAAAUCGACUUCCCGUUCCCGGCCGGAACCUACAGCGUCUUUUUCAGGCUUCAACUAGGCCGACCCGUGAAACGGUUUGGCCGUCGGGUCUGUAACACAGACCAGGUCCAUGGCUGGGACAUUAAACCGGUUCGGUUCCAGCUCUGGACCGAGGACGGUCAAUACUCUACGUCUCAAUGCAUGUUAACCAAACUGGGAAACUGGACUCGUUACCAUGCCGGGGAUUUUGUUGUCGAGAAAUCGAAAAGGUCGAGUACAAAGAUAAAAUUCUCGAUGACCCAGAUCGAUUGCACUCAUACAAAAGGCGGGUUAUGUCUAGAUUCUGUCAUUGUAUGCCCGAGCCGGUACAAGAACCGGUUGAGGCGGUUUUAGGUUAACCAAACCGGGUCCGGUUUAGGUAGAGGUUAAAGCUGGUUUUUGAGAAGUUCUUUAGCCUUUUGUAGAAUUUGGUGGAACACAAAAUGAAAUCUUGUAAAGAGGGAGAAAACCUUUUGAGAUUAGCACAAACUAUAUAGCUUUUUAGUUUUAAGAGUUUUCUGAGUCUAGGUCACAUAUGUAAAACCUAAAGUUGUGAACUUUAAAUCUUUUAUUUGAUUGUUCCUGCUC